AUGCCACCUCCUCAGACUGCAGUCGAUGACAUUGCCACUGUCAUUGCUGCCCUCUACAAUAAUUUGAAAAUCCAGCUCACAGCCCUCGAGACAUGUACCAGCUCUAGUGCAGCAGUUCACUCUCCUUUUGCUCUGGCAGAGGAGCUUAGCAAGAAUCUGGUCAUCAAGUGCCUUUCUAUCACCCAACCUCCAUGCUCGACACAUCAACCUGAACUCAUUGAUGAUGCUCACUCAUCUGUUGCCCUUGAAUUUGAGGACCCAGAUGGCUCUGCUCUAGCCACUCUCCUUCACACCUCCCUCUUCACUUUUGGUGCUCCUGUCACUAUGUUGCACUAG